AGAAGCCGCUGGCGACGCCAGACAACAGCUCCUCGCCUCUCUCACCGCCGCAAAGCGAGGACCCCCCGUUUCCCGAGCGGCCGCAUUCCGAGCUGUUUCACGCACGCACUCUUCUCGAACCCCAAGCCUUCGUCCCCAACCGCUCCGUGGACCUCUCCUCCGUCGACCUCGCAGGCCCCUCCAGCCAUGUCGCCGGCAGCAUGCUUGUGAACCCCGGCGACGCGCCCCCCGCCGAUGCGCUCGCUGCUCACAAUGUCGCCGCCGAGCCCGCCCCGAUCGCACCUUCCACCUCCACCGCCAGCAUGGACGUCGCCGUCGCAAGCGCGCCCGAUGCGCCACCCAGCGCGCCUGCCUCGAUGCCCCCUCCGCUGCUCGACAAGGCCGCCGAUGCGCUGCCCGUCGCUUCCGCCGACCUGAACGGCCAGGCCAUGGCCGCCUCGGACGCGCCGUUCCCCAGCCUCGAUGCCCCCAUCUCCCUCACCGCCGACAUGUCCAUGGGCCCGCUGCCCAUGGGCCCCGAAUACCCCAUGAUGGACGCCGACCUGCCCUUCAACAACGGCUAUGCGAGCGUCGCGCCCGCCGAGCAGCGCCUCAGCGCCUUUGCGCGCCUGCGCUUCGACGACGGCUCCUACUACAUGCACACGUACCAGAUCAUCCUUGGCCGCAAUGUGCAGCUCGCCCACAAGGACAUGCGCCGCCUGGCCAAGGUCGAGCAGCUCAAGGCCAAGGGCGAGAAGCAGCGCGCCCAGGCCCUGCUCAACGGCGGCCGGAAGCGGAAGCUCAAAAGCGCGCGCAGCGUCAUCAGCGAGGCCGGAGGCAUCGUCACUGCGCCCAUCGAAAUGAUGCCCGUGGACUAUCAGCAGCGCUGCCAGAGCGUCGCCUCGCAGUCGCACAGCUCAGGCUCGCACGCCCAAGCCGCCGAGUCGAAUCACAACGUCGACCAUGCGCCCCAGGAGAUGCUCAUGCAAGCGCUGCCCGAAGUACCCUAUCAAAUUGACCAGCAGGUACCCGAAGACCCCAACGAUUGCCCGCUAGUACCCAUACACCCGCAACAUAUCACCGAUCGUACUGGGUUGAAGGGUCCCAAGGGCAUCAGUCGUCAGCAUGCUAAAAUCUACUACGACUUCGACUCUGGCAACUUCUGCCUCGCCGUCAUGGGCUCCAACGGCUUGUAUCACGAAGACAGGUUUCUGGCCAAGGGUGCCAACGUAGAGUUGAGCCACGGCGAUACCAUCAUCAUUGGCAUGGUCGAAAUGACUUUCUUCCUGCCCGACAUCGCUCUCACAGAAGAACAACGCAACCGCCAAGAGUCUGGUUCGCAGUCACGGCCCAUGAGCUUCAGUUUCGAGAACGGCCGCGGAGAGAGCGAGGACGUGGACGAUUCUGGCAGCGAGGAUCAGAGUGUCAAUCCUCGCCACGUCUACCACUACCCGGUCGGCAGCGAGUUUGAGUCGGACGACGACCUGCUUAUCGAUGAAGAUAUGGACGAUCUUGAUGAUGAAGCGUAUAGUCCGGUACCCCAGCCGAAGCCCAAUCUCAAGAUCAAACUCAAGAAGAAGAAACAUCGCCCCGAAAAGCAUUCCAAGGGACACAAACGCAAGGCCAUCAGGGAACCAAGUCCUGAAGAACCUCCUUUCAAGAAGCACAAGAUCAAGAUCAAGGAGAAGCAUGUGCACAAGGAGCCACCCAAAGAAAAGGAGGUGGAGAAAGAGAAACCAAAAGAGAAGGAGAAGGCAAAGGCCAACAAGGCGCCCACAAAAGCUCCUACCAAGGCACCUGCAAAGGCUCCCGCGAAAGAACAAACUCCAGCGACUCCAAAAGAGGAGCCCAAAGAUGACGUUUCGCUCAAGGACACGAUCGAAGCAACUGAGAAGCCCAAGUCAGAAAGCCCAGUCAUCAUACGCAGGCCACAACCAGGGGUCAAUAUCGAGGAUCUUGAUCCUGACGGUCUCAUCACACCUGAAAUGUGUGCUCAAUAUGGUCUGCCUCACAGUCUCAUCGGGCAAUACGUGGGCAAGAGAAAAGGACCUGGACGGCCUCCCAAAGACGGCGUCAUGUCGAAACGGCAAAGAUCCCAGCUCAUCAAGCAAGGGAAGGAGAUCGAGAAAGCUAGAGCGGCGGGUAUUGACCCUGCCGAUCUUCCUCAGCCGAUAGUUAAGCCCAAAGUCGCGCGCCGCAAAGAAUCGAACGCUGGAGAGGAUGACGAGAUUCGCGAAUCGACCGAGAAGGGCGACGGAACGGUUAUGUUGGGCGGAGAGAAGAAAACCAACAAACCUGCCAAACCCACUCGCACACCUUCGCCUGAGAUGCGCAUCGAGGAUUACACCGAAGAGCAGCUUCAAAGGCCUACUUCGAAUUAUGUGGUUUUGAUUCACGAAGCAAUCUCCUCAGCACCCAGUGGCCAGAUGAACCUCCAACAGAUCUAUAACUACAUCGAGAAAAACUACCCUUGGUACAAAUUCAAAACUACAACAAGCGGUUGGCAAUCCAGUGUGCGUCACAAUCUUGGUCAGCACGAUGCGUUUGUCAAAGGUGACAAGGAGGGCAAGGGAUACAUGUGGCGCAUCAAUUCCAAUGUUUCUAUCGAGAAGGAACGUAGGAAGAGACAAGUCAGCCCACCGCAGGUCAACGCGCAGAGGCCAACGUACUACCCGCCGCCGACCGGAUACUCUCCGUACGGACAGCCGGGCUAUUAUCCCGGCAUGCCACCGCAAGGUAUGCCGCCAAAUGGCCCACCUCGACCUCCGCCGGUUGAAGCGGCACAGCCCCGCUUACCGCCUACCGCCCCAGCUCCGUCACCUUAUGCAUCACCAUGGGCUGGAGGGGCCGCGGGCGGAAAUCCAUCGAACUCACAUCCGCCGCAGCCCUAUCCUCCGAGCGCCCACGCACCUUCUGCCAAUCCCGGAGCACCGAGCGGCCAAUAUGGGGUCCUCUUCCCCACGAGCGCGCCUCCCAGUUCUGGCUCGCCUUACACAUCUGCUCCGACCUAUACGUCACCUUUCGCGACGGCCGGCCAGAGUCCGUAUGGUAUGCCAAAUGGAGCGUCACCGUACACACCCUACCCACCGGCCGGACAACCACCGAAAACUACACCGACGCCAACACCCACGCCGACAUCCGGACAGGCGCCAGGCAAUCAGGCUCCCCAGCGUCCUGAAUCAAGUGCCCCGCACCCAUCUGGGCGCUAUCCAGCAUCUACGAACCCGGAUCUGAUUCGCCAGUUGGAAGCUUUCAGGACAGUCUACUUGCACACCAGGAUCGAGCCUGGGGAGGACAAGAAAGCCGACAACGCUAUCCGCGCCUUCGUGACACCUGAGUUGGAAUCCAGCUUGACUCAAGCAGAAGCUGCGCUCCUUGACUCAAUCAAGACUAUACCAAUGCUCGAACAGCUUCGCGGGGGUGCUCGUCCGCCCAUCAAGCCAGAUGAGAGCACGCAGCCAAUUGAAUUCAAGACGCCCGUUGAAGCACUUGCAAGCAUACCUUCUGCUCCCACAACCACAGCCGCGAUAGCUGCAGCCGAUGCAGCCGCAAACACAGCGCCGAAUCACCCUGCUCCUGUGGCCGAGUCUAGCCAGCCGCAAAGGUUUGUACCGCCGAUGACUGCGACGCCUCAACCGAGUGCGACCCCUGCUCCUGCUCCGACAGCACCUCCUGCCGUUCCUGCCAUCGCCAACGUGCAAGCGCAGCGCCCAAGUGUCGAACCGAUCACACCGGUGCCUGGAUCGCCUGCUGUGCGGAACGGAACACCGGUGACGCGCCCUGUUCAAGACGCAGCGCCUUCCGCUCCUCCAGAUGCUGGUAGCGGGGCGGAAGAGAAGGCUCCCAAAGCGGAGAUCCCAGCUCCGCCUGUCAACGAGUCGACGUAG